AUGAAGGACGCCCUCAACGAGGCCUUCGCUGUGGCGGACGUGGCGAAACGCUUGCGCCUCGCCCUGGGAGGACACGAUGACAUUGUGCUGGGUGAAAUUUUGAAGGAAGCGGAGAAGAAUGGCUUGACGGGCCUUGAUGGCCCCAGGCAGCGCUGGGACGAAAUGCAGAGUGCCAAGUCUGCAAUGCGCCUCGAACUCGCGACCUCGGUCUCCAUGCUGGACAUUGCAGCGUUUGAGCUGCAUGCCAGCCGCAACAUUGCGCAGCUGCAGGAUCCCCAGCCCAUCGUCAUAAGGUGA